AUGAGUAUUCGAUCUCAAUCUGUUGGAAAUAAACCAAGCCAAAAAUCCCAAACAGCAUCUAGCCAAAAAUUCCUUCCAAUUGAGUUGCAACAACCAGAUCAAUUGCUUCAAACUGAAAUUCCUGUUCACGAAUUUUCAAAUGCACUUUUUGCUUCACUUGACACACUUCCAGACGUACCACAAGUAUUUUGCAAUUAUGAACCUCAAACUUCUGUUCAAACACUUCCAGAAUAUCCUCAAGAACCAAAUCAAAAAAUUCUCCAACCAGAAUUUUUCAGACGCUUCGAUCUCUCAACAUUACUCUACAUCUUCUUCUAUUUCCCUGGCACAUCACAGCAGCUUUUUGCUGCCAAAGAAUUAAAGGCAAGAGGCUGGAGGUAUCAUGCUAAAUUCCAAACAUGGUUCAAGAGGGUUUCUCAGCCUAAAACAGUUACUAAGGAAUAUGAAAUCGCAGAUUAUGACUACUUCGAUCACAGCUCAGCAGAAAAUUGGUAUAUUCGUAGAAGAACUAAUUUCCAAUUCGAUUUCAAUUGUUUAGCAAUUGAUAUUUAA